AAAGCAGUCGUGAAAGCAGUUUUGCAAAUCCCGUGUACGCUAAUCGGAGGUGUGUUGUCUACGUAACACCGUACCCCGGCUAUUUAUAACUAUAAGCCGUCCAACACAGAUUAAAGGAUGCCACACAUCGACAGACGACAGUGUUCAACCACCGAUUUUCACCUUUAAGCCACCUGUCUAUACGAUCGAACCGUUGUUAUCAGUUUUAUUUACUCCAUUCCACUCUUUCAGAUUAGGAAUCGGAGAAAUUUGGACUUUGAACUUUGGUUAAAGUUAACUCUGCGAUGUUUUGUAUGUAUACACGAUACAAUUAAUUAUACAGACUAUAACUUAUAUUAUUUUAAAAGUGAACAGACUGUUUCAGAGAAAACACCACGUAUUAUUUGUGUUGUUGGUUGUUGCAUCUUUUAUCUUCGAUUUCACUCGGUUCUGGUUCAACUGUCAUUUGUAAGGAUUUCGCUAGCGAUUAUACACAAGUUGCAGCUCAUAUCAGAUAACGUCUUCAUUGUUGUUUUACCAUUCUGUUUAACCUUUGGAAUUUGCUCUAUGUAGUGAACUUAAAAAAGCACUUGAGAUAGAUAAACACAAUUAAAGACUUAUCUUUAAGACUGAAACAUCGCCAUGCUUGCCAGAAACAGAAUCGCAUUUUUGAUACAAAACUCGCCAAACGGAAUCAUCGCACUCCUUCCAAACUCUUUAGGAAAUAAGAGAACAUACAGUGUCCAAUUGAAUAAUCCUAGAAAGAGAAACGUAGUCCGAAGUAAUGAAAGAGUUGGGCAGUUUGUGAGAAACCUCGGAAGUGGAAUUGUCAAGUCUCCCCUGGGAGACAGUGAGCCGGUACCAAACUCAAAUUUAGUGGAGUAUGUGUUUGAAAAAAGUGACGAAUGGGGCGACGAAAUAGCUGCAACAUGUGCGGUAUCGGGCAGAAACUAUACCUUCAGUAUGUUGAGGUUUCUCGUCAACAGAUUCGCUCAAGCGGCUCUAUCUCAUUGCGCAAUGAAACCAAGAGAGGUUGUUGGACUGUUAUUACCGAAUAUACCUGAAUUUGUGAUAGUAUGUCAUGGAGCCAUGGAGGCAGGACUAGUAGUGACUUUCGUUAAUCCUUUGUACACACCUGAUGAAAUAAAAAGGCAGUUCCAGAACGCUGGCGUAAAAAUGAUUAUCACAGUACCAUUAUUAUUGGAAGUAGCGACAACGAUAGCACCUUCAUUAACAGGUUAUAGAACUACAGUUUGUAUUGGGGGAGAAGACGAUAUAUCAAAGAAUGUAAAUGGAUUAGAAAGUUUACUUAGAGCUGGACACGAAAGCGAAUUGCCAGGAAUAAACCCUAGGGAAUUGGCGCUGCUUCCAUAUUCCAGCGGGACCACAGGAUUGCCUAAAGGUGUAAUGUUGUCCCAUUAUAAUUUAGUGGCCAAUUUAGUACAAGGAGACAGAGAUGACUUAAUAGCGAGAAAAACAAAAGCUGGAGGACGUCACACGGUCCUUUCUGUACUGCCCUUCUUCCACAUCUUCGGAUUUAACGGAAUUUUAAACAUAGUUCUUAGAACCGGUAAUCACAUGAUUACUAUUCCGAGGUUUACUCCGGAAGACUACGCUAAAGCAUUGGAAAAUUACCGUCCUACAUUCCUCUUCGUUGUUCCUUCGUUACUCCAGUUCCUGGCGUCGCAUCCUGCCAUCACCAAAGACCAUUUAGCCAGCGUGGAAGGUAUUCAAUCUGGAGCGGCGCCUUUAACGGAAGGACUCUUGCAGAAAUUCAAGGCCAAAAUUGAUAAUCCAAAUGUAAUGAUCAAACAAGGUUAUGGAAUGACUGAAAGUUCGCCGGUGACCUUUAUCAUGCCAAAAAUGACACCACCAUCAAAAAUUGGCACGAUAGGAGUGUUGUAUCCCAGUACUGAAGCCAAAGUGGUGUGUUUAGUGUCAGGAAAAACCUUAGGCACACAUGAAUCUGGAGAACUGUUAGUCAGAGGUCCACAGAUUAUGAUGGGCUAUUUGAAUAACGAGGCUGCUACCGCUGAAACUGUUGACAAGGAGGGAUGGCUGCAUACAGGAGAUGUGGUCUACUAUGAUGAAGAUGGGUAUUUCUACAUUGUAGACAGGUGUAAAGAGCUUAUAAAAGUCAAAGGAAAUCAAGUAUCGCCCACAGAACUAGAAAAUCUCAUAAUGGAAAUAGAAGGAAUUGCAGAUGCAGCCGUCGUGGGAGUCCCAGAUACUCUAGCAGGAGAGGUCCCUAGGGCAUAUGUCGUGCGACUAGCCAACGCCAGCAUCAACGAAGAAGAUAUUCAAAGAUGGGUGAACGGCAAAGUAUCUCACUACAAGAAAUUAGUAGGAGGUGUGAAGUUUGUCGACAUCAUCCCUAGAAAUCCCAGUGGAAAGAUUCUUAGAAAUGAAUUGAAAUUAAAUUGAAAGGUUUAAUACUAAACCUGUAGAUGGAUGAAUAUUAUGAUAACGCAAAAAAUUCAUUUAUUGUCGUAUAGAUGGCAGAUUGAAAAUGUACUUUAAAAAAAAUUUUUUUUUGAAACGUUUAUUCAGCAAUCUGUUAGUUAUAAAAAUUCUAACAAUAAGCGUCUUUGGGGUUUGAAAUAAAAAAGAGUUGACGUUAGAGAGGUCAGUCCAAUGACUGGACCUCUAGGUCAGGACCUCUAGGUAGGAUUUAAAAAAUUAGACUGAAAUUAAGAAUUGAUAGUGUAAAUUAAAGAAGAGAUUGAAAUCAUAUAAAACCAAUGUUGUGCCCUGUGUAUCGUACUGUGUCUGUCCUACUAUUUUGUUGAUGUUAAAUAUUUUUAUUUAAUUUUUAAACAUCAUUCAACCGUCAAAAUUUCCUAAAAAGGAUUUGGUUUAAAUUAUUAAUUUUAUUUAUUGGAAAAAUGUGUUAUCAAUAUUGAUUGCACAUUUGUUUUGUUCUUUUUAAUGAGCCAAAAUCUAUUUGUAAAUUUAACUUAUUUCUUUUUACAUAAUGAACUUGAUUUUAAUUCUUAAUUCUUUUUACAGUCCAUUUUUCAAUGAUUUUAAUCGUUUUAGAUAUUUUAUAAAGGUAAUGUUGUGUGUCUUUAGAUUAGGAAGAUCCUUUCCUAUGCCUUCAAAUGUACCUGGCAUUUCUUAUGGCAUGGCAGCUUGGGAGCAAUUAUAUGUCUACUUUUCUAUUCGUUUUAUCGUUCAUAUGCUUUGUUUGUGGCUAGGGCCCCAAUAGUAUUCCUAUUAAGCGUAGUAUGUUCUAAAGUUUGGACGACACUUAUCAUAUAAGAUAUUGUUGUUAUAUAUUUUGUCUAAUUGAUACAAGAUUGAUAGCUUUUUUUGAUAGGUGCUCUAACCUAUCUGUAUAAUAGCCUAUUAGUGUAAGAGAUUUUAGAAAAAUAUUUUAGUACAGUCGAACCCGCUUAUUAGAGUACCGGUUAUAGGAAUAUCCCGGUUUAUGUAAUAUAAAUUCGAGGUCCCAAAACGUUUCCAUUUACCCUUUAAUAAAUUUAUCCGUUUAUUGUAAUAUGGUUUAGUAACCUAAUACCGCUUUUUAGAAUAAAUGUUUCAAGUCAACAAAUAACUUUUUAUGUACAAUUUCCUAGAAAUUUUAAAUUUGCCUGAUCUAAUGGUUUGUCGUUUUGUAUAUUAUUACGGUUUCUCAGGUACCUACCUAAUAAACACUUUAUUACUGUGUUAUGAUGAGUAAACGCUUCUCUCCCACAGAAAAUUCAAUCGUAUGCCGACAAGGUCAUAAAAUAAUUUCAUUUGUCUACAAAUUUCUAUAGGUACAUUGCCACACACUUGGAUGUUUUUAGAAACAGCAUUUUUCUAUAAGAUUAUUUAUUACCAAUAGUUGAUUGUUUGUUUGGGGGUCUUUUCUAAAACCCAAUUCCAAUUUAUUAGGUCUGGAUCCCGCGUAUGAAAAAAAAGUUGAUUAAUAGCAAGCUGAAAAUUUGUUAAUAGGUUAAGGGUGUCUAGUCGGAUAAACUUUGAUAUAUGGGAACACUGGAACAGGGGCAGUUUUAAUUGUAGAACAGGUUAAAAAUUUGGAAUGGUCAGACCACGAAAACGGCACAUUUAUUUUGUCCGACAGAACAGACUUAAACUCUCCGAACAGAGAUUAAACUCUCAUGCAAGACUCAGACUGCUAUUUAUCACCUGUCAUAAUUCCUGUCAUUUGACAUGUUCUACAUGUUCCACUCAUUAAAACGCCCAUUUGGUGAUAAAUAGCAGUCUGAUUUUUGCAUGAGAGUUCAAUCUCUGUUCGGAGAGUUUAAGUCUGUUCUGUAGGAAAAAUACAUGUGCCGUUUUUGUGGUCUGACCGUUCCAAAUUUUUAACCUGUUCCACAAUUAAAACUUCCCCUGUUCCAGUGUUCCCAUAUAUCAAAGUUUGUCCGACUAGACACCCUUAAGCUAUUAACAAAUUUUCAGCUUUCUAUUAAUCAACUUUUUUCAUACGCGGAAUCCUUAAUUGUCUAAUCGUUUCGUAAUGAUUUUUGUAAAUAAAUUAUAAAUUUUUAUUGAUAUAAAUAGACCUAAAACCAUAUGCAUAUACAUAUUGACAUAGUAUGUACUAUUAUAACGUAUAUUUGGUAGGUACAUUUAUUUCACCAUCCGCCAAUGAUCGGUUAUUAGAAUAUCCCGCUUAUAAGAAUAUUUUUGCUUGGCACGAAGGCUAUUCUAAUAAGCGGGUUCGACUGUACCUAAAUUUUAUAAAAUUUAUUCGGAUAGUUUGGCGAGUACUUGUAAAACUAGAUCAUUUUUGCAGCAUAAAUAUUAUAAUUUAUGAUAUUUAAUUUAAGAAAAUAUGACGCAAAUUGAUGAUACUUAUAACGAACUUUGAACUUAUUGUUCUCUGUAAUUAUUUUUAAUAACUUUUUUAAUAAAGUACUUAUUUUUU